CGGUUUUUAUUAACCGUGAUGAUAUUUGGUUAAAAUACGUUUUCAAGGACUGGAACAAAAGUAGUUACUCGAUAAUCUAGUGUAGUGCAGUCUUUUGAGAUAAAUACAGAGACAGGGGCAAAAUGCCCGCCACAAAUACGCAAAAACAUAAAGGCUAGGAUGUCUUUCAUGUGUACGGCUUAUGCUUUAGAUGUUUCCAAGAGCGCUCGACUAGAUCUUGGCAAGAUGGCUAAAGUGCAGCCAAAUCGGCGUCGAAGGCCGGGCCAGCCUGAUGAUCCAUCUCUUUGCGUCAAAUACUCUCUUUUCACGAUAAAUGUCAUAUUCUGGCUCGCCGGCGCUGUCAUUCUCGCGGUCGGCAUCUUCAUAUUUAUCGAAAUGAAAGAGGAAAUCACGAAAUUGGCAGACCUCAACUUUCAACCAGCGGUUAUCUUCCUCGCCCUCGGAGGGCUUCUGUUUGUCAUUACGAUUUUCGGGUGCAUCGGCGCCUUGAGGGAGAAUAGAUGCUUGCUAACGGCUUAUAUCUGGAUGUGUGGAAUCAUUCUAGCAGGGAUGAUAGUAUGUGGUGGUUUAGGCUUCUACUACAAGGAUGUGCUGGAAACCAAAGUCACUGCGCAGUUGAAGGAUGCGAUCGUGUUGUACCGAGACCCGACAAAAGGCGACCUACAUUUGAUCAUUGAUACAGUUCAGACCGAGCUACAGUGCUGUGGAGUGCAAGGUUUAAAUGAUUGGGAUGCGAAUAUCUAUUUUAACUGUUCCGGUCCAGCGAGGGAGAGGUGUGGGGUACCUUACUCUUGUUGCCGUAAGGAUUUGCAGGAAAAUCGGCAGUGUGGUUACGGUGCGCGCUCUGUCCCGACGUCUCAAGCCAAGGAGAAUGGGAUCUUUACCGAGGGCUGCGUCAAGACAGGUAUAGCGUGGAUCAACACAAAUCUCUACCUUAUCGGGGGAAUCGGAGUUGGCAUACUUAUACUCCAACUUGCCACUAUUUGUCUCGCCCAGACUCUUAAGGCGCAAGUCAAUGCUUUAGUGAAAUUUGCGAAGACGCAGACUUUCUGAUUAGCUUAGCUUAGCCAUAGUUGAUCUUUAUACUGACCAUGAUCUUCAACAAUGCUCUGUGGUACGGGUUGUACCCGCGAAAUGUCGAUUUUUUAUGCAAUUUUUGUCACGGCGAGUUUUGUCGAAUCACGAUAUCGCACCGGUUUUAAGCAUGUUCGAAACCAGUGCGACAUCCUUGUGACAAAAACCACCGAAGCUGCAUCACGUUUACAUUGUCGAUUUGUAGUUGCAGCGCGCGCCAAAGAUGCGACAAAAAUUGCAUCCAAAAUCGCAAGUGUACGCCGACCUUACCGCGCAUCUCAAGUGCACUAUUUUUGUAGACGCUUUGAUUUUAAACUACCAUGCAUGACAUAAAUACGACAUACGCGUAAUUUUUCUGCAGUCUUAUUCAUCUACACACACUUUAGCAUUUAUAGAAUAUACAACCACUGUAAAUAGAUAUCACUCAUUUGAAAAAUAAUGUUAGUUUAACAUAGGAUAAGUGUUAAAUGUAUCCGUCGCACCAUAACUUCAGCAUUUAAUGUUUUGUGUUCACAAAAGAUCGAUACUACUAUUAUUAUUAUUAUUACGUUUACCCACGUCAUAAGUAGAGUGUGGUGGUUCCUCCUACCUCCAUGUUAUAAGCAACACGAAAUUCUUCUCAGAGCCUUUUAUGUAUUCUAAUUUGCAGAAAUUAACAACUUGCAUGUGUUAACGUGCAGCCCCAGUGAGCAUAGCCUUUUUUCAUUUUUUACACCAAACAUUUGAUAUGGUGAAAAUAACCAUAAUUUUCAUAAAGAAAAUGCUUGAUACAUAUAUACCUCUCUUGCUGUGGGCACUAAUAUGGCACCAGUGUAAAUAACUUAUGUGACGUAAGCAACUAAAUAAUCAUAAAUACAAUGGUCAAUCAUGAAGCACUAAUAAAUGCUCAUGCAGAGAUUAAUGCAAUGACUCA